AUGACAUGUCAUAAUUGUGGAAAGUUUAACCAUUUUGCCUGUGUAUGCAGAUCAAAAAGCAGGAAUGUACAUAACGUUAGUUCAGCAAAUGGAUUUAAACAAAGUGAUUCGGAUGCAGAGGAAAAUACAGAAUUUUGCAUAGACACGAGACGAACUCUCUGUAGCAGACGACCUUAUAUUGGUCAAACAAUCGUUAUUCCCGCCUACGCAAGACAGCAAUUGAUAGAGUCAGUUCAUCAAGGUCAUAUGGGUGUGGAAAAAACUAUACGACGAGCUAGGGACGCUUUGUUUUGGCCUGGCAUGGCAAAACAAAUCACUAGUUAUAUUUAUCAAUGUGCUGUAUGUCAAAAGCACAGAUAUUCAAAUGCAAAAGAGCCUUUGAUAUCACAUGACGUACCAGACAGACCAUGGCAAAACAUUGCCGCUGACUUGUUCUCAUUUGACAACAAGGACUAUCUGGUCACCGUAGACUAUUACAGUCGAUACUUUGAAGUAGAUGCUCUCCCAAAUACUCAAAGUACAACUGUAAUUAGAAAACUUAAAGUCCAUAUGGCCAGAUACGGCAUAUGUGACAAACUAAUGACAGACAACGGCCCGCAAUUCUCUGCAGAAAAUUUCGCAGAUUUUGCGAGAGAAUGGGGUUUUUCACAUGUUACAUCAAGCCCCUUACAUCCAAUCAGCAAUGGUCUCGCUGAAAAAACAGUGUCCAUUGUUAAAAGGUUAUUCAAAAAAGCCCAGGAAAGCCAGAAAGAUCCAUAUUUGGCUAUUCUAGAAUAUAGAAAUACACCCCUUGAAGUUAAAAAUCACUGGGAACCAGCAAGAGUUAUAGAAAUACACGAUGACCGCUCCUAUUCAGUGCAAACUAAAACAGGUGGUAUUUACCGCAGAAACAGGGUCAAGCUGAACAAAACAAAGGAAAACUUUCCAGAAAUUCAAGAAUUCUCACCUAGAAUCCUGGAAGAAUCACCUCCCAAUAACCCCUUAUUGAACCCCACUGUCAGUAACUUUCCAGAAUCACAUAAUUCUGACCACGCUAUAACCUCUGAGUGCAAUGAUAAGCCCCGCCAAAAUAACCCUUAUGUCACACGUUCAGGCAGGGAAGUAAAACAGAACAAAAGAUACUUUGAUGAAAAAUGGAGUAACAAAUGA